UUUUAUGUCUAGCACUGCAGCAAUGAAACGUGGAGUGUUAGUUUAGAAAUGUCACCAGCAGAGGGAGCCAGGUGGUAGAGGAAUAAAAUAAAAUGAACACGCAGUUCCUUCAUUUCAGGAACUAAAAACUGUCCAGAUAGAAUUGUAUGUUCUUUGUAUAUACACUCAGUUGCCAGUUUAUUAGGCACGCCUAGCUAAAACUAAUGCAGUCUAAAACAACAGUCCUACAAUAAAUCCUCCCUUCAUGAAGGUUAUAAUGUUUGGUUUUUGUUGAAACUGUUUCAGAGAGAUGUUGAUUCAAAACUGAACGUUAUAAUAGUAGUAGGAUUUAUUGUAGGUUUAUUGUAGGACUGGUGUACCUUAUUAAGUGGCAAUUGUGUGUACUUCCACAAAACUACUAUAGAUGAUGUUACUCUGUGAAUUUGACCUCCUUUAUUUCCAGCAUUUCUACCAGUUCAUCCCUUUUUUUUAUUCUUAUCACUGAAGUCAAAUUACAAACACGAUAAUUGACUUGAAGAAAAUAUGUGUACUGCAACUGCCACUUGAUUAAUGAAUUUGGAUGCCUGGGAAAACAUGCUUGAGGCUAUACAAUAAGGCCGCCUUCCAAAUGUGCUCAUCUGCCUCAGUUUCCAGACUAGUAGUAUCAGUUGGAGGCAGGACGCUUCAUAGUACAAACUGAAGUUAACAAGAAAUAUCCUAGCUAAUGGAAUAUGUUAGUGACUUGUUGGAUUGAAUAUGUCACAGCAACACAGAACUAGUUCAGUUUUCACAUUAUGCAUAAUCACAGAUCACAAAAUGCAGAAUCUCCCUUUGAUAAUUAUCAUCAGAUUAUUACAGAAACACCAGCAUAUCAAUAAAUGUUUACGAUCAUAUUAAUUUCACUAUUGUACUCAACAAUUAUUCCUUAAAAGUAAACUGGGUUGUACAUUUCAAACCACAUACAAGGGAGUUUAAAAAUGUGUUUGAAUACUGUACUGCUGUACUCCUCUACUGAUUAUGUAGUACAGGCAUAUCUGGUUAUGAUUCCUGAAACUAUAGACACAUGCGGUAAUAAUGUAAUUGCCAUUUGUGGCUGCAUGUGGACUUUGAUGCCUUUAUUGGGAAGUUAUGGUGAGUUUAGUCAGUUCUUCUGUUCAAGUUCUCGUGGGUAAUGAGUAGGACUGGAAAAGCUUAAUUCAAAGUCAGUAGCUCUCCCUCCACUUGCUCACACACUUUUACACAAUUAAAAUCUUCCAAAUGUAAACAGCUACAUAAUUUGAGAUUGGUGCAGAUGUUGCUGUGUGUCUGUAAACCGGAUGGGCAGGCAGAGGAGGUUUUCAACGAGGGACUUGACUUGACUUGACUUCAGACCAAAACAGAUUUGUAGCAGCUGACUUCAUGAACAUAAUAUUCCAUGCAGUUCUGUUCACUCCUAUUGUAGCUUUGGGAAAUCCAGCAAUUUAAUAUCAGCACUUACAUUCCAAGGUGGAAAGGAUCAUCAUAACCUCACAUAUAGCAAUGUUUGUACCCACGCUGUGACAAAGGGAGCACACUCCUAUUUCAGCAAGCUGACACACCUCUCUUUGCUUUGGGAGGAGUCAGAGAGGCUGUAUACAUCCAUUUAAAUUCAUACAGACACUUAAGAUUAGGUAUAAAAGGCAAAGAUUACUGCAACACUCACCGACCCUGAGGCGCAGACCUGCAACAUGCACUGCUAUGGGGACUUGGUCAACUAUCUCAGCUGUGGGAUGAUCCUGACAGGACUCUGGCACUUGGUCCAUCACAAGAAGGUACAGACCUCCUAUGGGCGCCACAUGGGACUCUCUCCUCCAGCUAGGAUGGUCCCAGCCAGACUAGCCUGGUUCCUCCAGGAGAUGCCAGCUCUCCUGAUCCCCGUACUUUUAAUGCUCGCCUCGCACAAACCUUCCAGUAUGGGGAAGUACCAGCUGCUUGGGACCUUUUGCAUGCACUACUUUCAAAGGACAUUUGUGUAUUCACUGCUGACCAGAGGAAAGCCUUUCCCACUGAGCAUGAUGGUGGCAGCGGGUUUCUUCUGCUCUCUGAAUGGUUUCCUGCAGGGACACUACCUGCUGCACUGUGCCCAGUUUGAUGAUGAAUGGUCCGCUGACUAUCGCUAUAAAACUGGUUUACUGCUGUUUUACAUUGGGAUGGCCAUCAAUAUACAUAGUGACUAUAUUCUACGCAACUUGAGGAAACCAGGGGAAGUAGUUUACAAGAUUCCUGCAGGAGGUCUGUUUGAAUAUGUGUCUGCUGCCAACUACUUAGGAGAGAUACUGGAGUGGUUUGGCUAUGCUGUCGCCACCUGGUCCCUUCCAGCACUCUCCUUCGCUGUGUUUAGCCUGUGUUUUAUUGGACCAAGAGCCUAUUACCAUCACAGGUUUUACCAAGAGAAAUUCAAAGACUAUCCCAAGUUACGAAAGGCGUUGAUUCCAUUCAUCUUCUGAGAGAAAAGGCAUCUGGCUGUCUGACAAUAUUUGAACCGACAGCAGAAAACAAGCACAGGAAUCUGCAGCCCUAUUGUUGUAUUUUUAAACAGAAAUUACACUCAUUUUACUGCA